UCUCUUGUGUUGACAAACGUUACGUCACUACGCGGUGUCGUUAGGUGGGGCGGGGGCUGUGUUGUUGCUAUCGUCUUGUUGCGGGGGGACGCGAAGACUCCUUCACACCAUUCAGAUUUGGAUUAAACAACGGAUACCAUUUAUAUCAUCAACUCCGUAAAGGAUCCCGCUGUUUGCCAAUCUCGAGUCAACAUGGGGAGCUGUUUAACUGUGGGGCCGAACGAAGCUCUGGUGGUCUCCGGUGGUUGUUGUGGCUCUGAUACAAAGACCUACGCUGUGGGAGGCUGGGCCUGGGCUUGGUGUCUCAUCUCGGACACCCAGAGGAUAACCCUGGAGAUCAUGACUCUGCAGCCCCGAUGUGAGGACGUGGAGACAGCAGAGGGGGUAGCCAUCACGGUCACAGGUGUGGCUCAGGUGAAAGUCAUGACGGAGCAUGACUUACUGGCAGUAGCUUGUGAGCAGUUCCUGGGUAAAUCAGUCAUGGAAAUCAAAGCUGUGGUUCUGCAGACUUUGGAGGGACAUCUGCGCUCCAUUCUAGGUACCUUGACUGUAGAGCAGAUCUAUCAAGACAGAGACCAGUUUGCUAAACUGGUGAGGGAGGUAGCAGCUCCCGACGUGGGCAGGAUGGGCAUCGAGAUUCUCAGCUUUACCAUUAAGGAUGUGUACGAUAAACUGGAUUACCUGAGCUCCCUUGGGAAGACCCAGACUGCGGCUGUCCAGAGGGACGCAGACAUCGGCGUGGCUGAGGCAGAGAGGGAUGCUGGGAUACGGGAAGCCGAGUGUAAGAAGGAGAUGAUGCACGUCAAAUUCCAGGCUGACACCAAGAUGGCGGAUUCCAAACGAGAACUGGAGCUGCAGAAAGCUCAUUUCAACCAGGAAGUCAACACCAAGAAAGCAGAGGCCCAGCUGGCGUACGAGCUGCAGGCAGCCAAGGAGCAGCAGAAGAUCUGCCUGGAGGAGAUUGAGAUCGAAGUGGUGCAGAGGAAGAAGCAGAUCACCAUUGAGGAGAGGGAGAUAGAGCGGACGGACAAGGAGCUCAUCGCCACAGUCAAGAGGCCCGCUGAGGCAGAGGCCUACAAAAUGCAGCAGCUGGCCGAGGGGCAGAAGACGAAGACGGUGCUGAUAGCUCAGGCUCAGGCAGAAAAGAUCAGGAAGAUCGGCGAGGCGGAGGCUUCCUCCAUCGAAGCCGUGGGCAAGGCGGAGGCUGAGAAGAUGAGACUGAAGGCUGAGGCCUACCAGCAGUACGGAGAGGCAGCCAAGACCGCUCUGGUCCUCGAGGCCCUGCCUACGAUUGCUUCCAAGGUGGCUGCGCCGUUAGCCAAGACCAAUGAGAUCGUCAUGCUCAGUGGGGACGGCAACCGCCUGACCGGCGAGGUGAACCGCCUUUUGGCUGAACUUCCUGUGUCUGUCAACGCUCUCACUGGGGUGGAUUUGUCAAAGAUCCCGUUGCUGCAGAAGAUGACCGGUGCUCAAGCCUGAAAACCCACUCCUCCACAUGACUCCAGUAUCUCUUGUAUGCACUCUGAUAGACUGCCUUUAAUACACUUGAAGAAUUUUGUUGUUUUAUACGUAUAUAUAUACUGUAAACCAAGUGAAUUUUGGAAACCUCUGGUGCCUUACUUUAUACAGGGCCAGAAUAUCUGCAUGCACUGCUGCUCAUGAGUUUUUUUGAUUUUGUGUUAACAUGGGAACAUUUUGUGUAGGUUAGAUUCAUAGUAACACCUAAUCUUCUGUAUUUAUACAUAGAGGUCCUGCUUUUUCAGACCACGGGGCCUCUGCUCUCACUUUUUACAUUCCGUACGUCGCAGGCCUUUGUUGUUUUAUACACCUCUUUCUUUAUCGUUAGACACGUCUGCAUUCCCUAGGUACCAUUAAUCUUUUCUUGUAGAGCUUUCUUUGUAUUCUACAUGUUCUAAUAUUUAACGAUUUGUUAUUUAUUUUGUGUCACGGAUUGAUUCUUACAAUGCAACAGGUGCUCAGAAUCUUAAAAGAAGCCCCUCUCACUGUGCAAAGUUUGUCUGUUCCCCUGAAAUAAGUUGAAUUCUCAACAAACUGUCGAUGUCAGGCAUGAUACACAUGCUUAUUAUUUACAUGCUGGCAGGAAAACGGGAAGCAAAAUCUGAUCUUGUGCUGAUGUGGUUAGCUUGUUAUGUGUUCCUUUAAUAUUCAGUGGAAAACUGUUAGUAGUUUCGGCGUGGAGUUGUGUGAGUUAUGUUUAUAUUUGGGGGGGAAAAGCUUCAUGUGAAUAGAUUCUAAAAAUGAAAGGCCGAACAGCGAUGCCAAAUAGAAUAGGUUGUCUUUUAAUUUGUAUCGUCAUUAUCAGAAGGACUUGGGAUACUGUACAGUUUAUCUGAUGUGUCAUUUCAUACUACAAAUACCUGUAGAUGCUGAGUCAUGUUCGACAGGGCGCGUCAACAAACCAAACUCCUACACUUUACACAGAAACACACUUUCUGUUCAAUGUUUGCACACGUUUGCAUUGAUUUUUUUUGUAAUAACUGUGACAUAAAAAAAUAGGACCUUUUAGCACAGCGCUUUAACCUAUCAAACAAUGUUUUGUCUGUUUUAAAUAAGUGAUAUUGCUGUUUGUAAAUGUUCAAUGCUUUUUUUCUCGUUUUUUUGGGGGUCCAAAGCACCAAAUGUUAAAAAGGGAUAGUUCAGAUGUUUAGAAGUGUGGUUGUAUGAGCUACUUCUCCGUAGUCAGUGUGUUAGCUACGGUAGAUGGCGGUCGGCACGCCCCCAGUUUGGAGAAACAGACAGGAGUACCGAUACAGAAGCUGAGCGAUGUCCUGCUGUGGGACGGUGGGCAGCAGCUAAACGGAUUUUAGACACCUAAAAAAAAAAAAAAAAGCCACCAGACUCCAUUGACAAAAACAGUAAUUUUGCCUCAAAACCAAGGGAGUUGCUGGUCUACUGCUGCCUCCACUGGUUAGUUAGUUUGUGUUAUUGUGUGACUUAACUGAAUCUGAACUAACAAUUUUCAAACACCAAAAUCACACAAUAGCACAAACUAACUAACUGAUGGAGGCAGCGGUUAGAGCAGCAACUCCCGUGUCCUGCGAGCUAAAAUGACUGGUUUUGUCAAAGGAGUCUGGUGGCUUUGAAGAGAGCAGAGAUGACGGCUUCAGAUUCCCGUCGUAAUGGGCAAUGCAACAAAAUGGGCAAUGGCAUAUUUUCAAGGUGUGAAAAUAUUCUAAAUAUAGCAUACAAUUAGACAGAUUUUUUAGGUGUCUAAAAUACAUUUAGCUGCGGCCCCCGUCCACAGCAACACUGUAGCUAAUACACCGACUAUGGAGCAGUAGCUUAUACAACCCCGUUAUCCUUUUAAGUUCAGUGCAGCGGUAGAAAGAAUCUGACGUGGAAAGGUUUCGGAGCAGUUACAGUAUAUUAUUGGGCAUACCUCCUAUGAAAUGUAUUCCACCGACUUGGACACUAACUUCCAGAAGAACAGCUCGUCUCCCUUCAAUGCUGUAAAGAGCUGCUCUCACCUACGCUAAACCUAAACUAGCGUGGCAGUGACGUUUACUUUGAACCACCAAGCAGGUGACGAAUACAGUGGUGGUUUUAUGUAUGACUGACACAGAUUCACAGAGGACUGUUAAAACUAUUGUUUAUUUUUUUUAGUGGGCUCAUCCUCAGUUAAUUUAUGUUUGUAUCAUUCAUUGCUGAUAUCGUGACUUGACAAAUACUGUGACCAUAUUGAUUUGUUUAGCUUCAAAUGUGUAUUCAUGUACAUUUUCCUAAAGUUAUUUACAACAACACUGUGCGUGUCCAACGGACCACGAGUUCAUGAAGGCUCUCGCUGCAUGUCAUCCAUCUGUACCCACAAUCAUCUGUUCACUAGUAGCUAAAUGUCAAAAUAACUCAGAAAUGCCAUAAUUUAUUUAUUUAUUUAUUUGCCAUGCAAUGUUUAUUAAAUUAAUAAUGACUUGA